UUGAUUCGUAGCCAUGUUAGCAUUUACCUUCGGGCUAGUUUGUUCAUUAUUCCGUAGAAUUAACAAGAUUUUAUUACAGUUACAGGCUACAGAUUUGUAAUUAUAAUUUUACGAAAAUGUAUGGUUCGCUGUUGACGGAAGACACAUACAAACGAGCGGAUUCAAUUUUCAAAUCAAUUGCAGAUGAAUAUAAUCCCUCGCUGAAGGAGUUUGUAUUGAACGGAAAAAUUCACGACAAAAAUGUCUUAGAAACUAGUAAAUCUUUCAAAGCUUGUCAUGCGGCUACUAUAAAAAUUGGUAUUUCUGCCACAUCAAGUCCUGGAUGUAAAGAUGUAGGUAAAUGCAUCAUGGAUAUAACUGAAACAAUUCAAGAAGUUCACAUGGCGAAAGAAGCAUGUAUACAAAAGUUUCGGAACGAUAUUGUAUAUCCAUUCGAACGCAGAUGUGAACAAGAUGCGAAAUAUAUUAUAGGAUUACGUAAGAAAUUACAAGAUGACUUCAAAGCGAAAGCAAGUGAGACAGAAAAAGCCUUUGCAAGUCUUGCAAAGCUCAAGAAAAAAACUCUAUCCAAACCUCCAUCUAAGAAAACAGAUGAGAAGAUCAAAAAGGGAACUGAACAUUUGCUAGCAGCAAAGACUGCUUCUGAAAUGGUUGCUCAUGAAAUGCUUAAUCGGGCAUUUUCGGAAGAACGAAAGCGUUAUUGCUUUUUUGUAGAAAAACAAUGUGAACUUAUUGAGGCUAUAAUGGAUUACCAUCGAAAAUCAGCUGAUAUGUUACAAGAACGUUUCGAUCACUGGAGAGAAAUUGGAGCCUCACAACAGGAUCUUUUACCAGGAGCAGUCGCUCUUAUUGAAAGUAGCCUUCCUCGUCACACAAACGUAUCGUUGGAUGAGCUGGACUUGAACAUGGGUAUAUCACAUAGUCAAUCAAGCAACGAUCUAAGCAAUAAUAAAGAUAACUACGGAACUAGCCAUAGACAAAGUUCAAGAAACAUUCGAGGACCAGGGGUAAGAAGAAACGCGAGUACCAGGGUCACUAGUUCUCCAAAAGAAGUUGAAGUAUACAUACCAUACAAGAAUGCAUUGGUGAGCACGGUUGUUGCAGAAGACGAAUCCGAAGAAAAUCACGAAGACGAACAACACACUCUGUUUUCGGACGAAUCGAUCGACGGAAGAUCCUCCGCUUGCAGUUCGUACUCGAAAUCUAUGUAUCGAAGAUCAGGCGAAUCGGAAAUAUCCAUUAAUAGCGUUCCCUCCGUAACAGACAAAAAUGAGACCAGAAAAUCUUGGAAUGAUUCAGGAAUAAGUAUUGGAGAAAUUUGGAAUUCUGAUCAACAAGAAAGUCAUACAAUAAAAAGGGCAAAAAGCAAAUCCGCAACGGACACUGAUGAUGAAAGUUCUAUAAGCGUCGCAUCUACAGUCUCAUUAGAGGAUAAACGAAAUACGCCAAAAGAACAACAGCCAAGUAUUUUUGAAGCAUUGCACGACUAUGCCCCAGAAACUGGAAGCACAAAAAUGAUUCUUCGUCGGGGAGAUAGAAUUUCUGUGCAUAAUUCAAAAGAAAAUGGGGGUUGGAUGUACGGAAUAAACAAAAGAACAAAUCAAAAAGGGUGGUUUCCAGUCACGUAUGCAAAAAAGAUGGAAUCGCAUGAGACGAUAUCUACUUCGGCUGCGCUGGAAAGUCCAAAUGCUAUCCCAACUACCCCAGCGAAAUUUGAUCCAAACAAAAUACGAGGUAUUGCCGUUCCUAUCCCGGUUUUGAACAAGCCACUCACAAAAGUAAAUUAUAACAACAACUUGCGGUCUCCAAAAAACUCUUUCGGGCAGACAUCUAGAUCACCAAAUGAACAAAGGAAUGAAAUCGGCAAAACAACAGAUGGACGAAACGUAUUUCAGUUUACAAAUAACAACACUUUUGAGAAUAUUCAUUUUCGCAAAGGUAAUGGAUCACCUUUGCACUGAUGUAUUCACGCAUUACGUAUUGUAUUCAAUCAACCAAACUUGUAAUAAAACAUUCCGACUGCAGUGAUCAUGAACGUUGCAACCUUUUUAUAAAUUGCACUUUAUUUAGCUGAAAUGUAAUACGAAGUAUCUUUUAUUCUUGAAAUCAUAGAUUACAUGUGCAUGUAGUCCGCCAUGUACAGAGAUUAAGCGGAUGUUUGGUAAAUUUUUGAUGAUCACGUAAUAUCGAAUCAUUGACUGUUUUUUGUGGUGGAGUCGGAGUUGAACAAACCAGAUAAUAUGAAGAUUGACAUUUGACAUCAUCCUUGGCACAAUGUAUGCUAUCAUCUGUCUGUUUUCAAAACUUUAGUUUUAUCAAUCUAUUGUUAUGUUUACAUUUUAAAUACGUACUUUCUGAAAAAUGCAAUAAUAACAUGUAUUUGCACAAA